AUGUAAUAAAAAGCUAAACAAUUCUUUGCUACAUAUGGUAAAUUGGGAUUGACUGUUUAUUUUUCAAUCUCAUUAGCCAAUUAUGGACUAGUCUAUUUUGCAUUGAAGUAAGGAGUUGAUGUCAAAUAAAUUGGAGAAAAGUUAUUGUGUUUUAUUUUACAUUAGGUUAGGAUGUGAUACAACAUAAGGUAAAUGGGAAAAGAUUGAAACUUUUGGUACACCAACAGCAGCUUAUAUAAUAUAUAAAUUAAUGGCACCAAUUAAAUGGCCAGUUGUAAUUGCAACCACAGCAUGGAUAUGUAGAAAAGGAAAAAAAUGA